AUGCAUGAGAAGGGUACACUGUUUCAUAGACCACAUGCACGGAAGAAUCACGUCGUGAAAGAAGACUAUAGCAAAUUCGCCGAAGUGUAUAAUAAGUUCCCCGCCCAGCCAGCGGGUAUUUUGGGAUCUCAGCUCAUGAAGAACGCCAUUGGAGAUGCAUCGGGCCUCGUUGUGUUGGACCUAGGAGGCGGGACCGGAGUUCAUGCUCGCGACGCCCUUGAUGCAGGCGCCCGACGAGUAGAUCUGGUAGACAUAACCCUUCAGAUGCUCCAGGUCGCCGAGGACAUCGAGCAGGCCCAGGGACACAGUGGCCGCAUUCGUGUCUUCGAGGGGGAUGUCGCCUCAACACUUGGCCAUCUCCCACUGGAGCCAACUUAUGACAUCGUCAUGGCCAACUGGGUCUUUGACCAUGCUGAAUCCCCGGAGAUGCUUGAACGCAUGUGGCAAAACGUGGAGAAGUAUCUGAAGCCUAGCGGUAAAUUUGUCGGCAUUCGCGCUGCAGAUUUGGGUCCUGAUUUGCAGACCGAAAAGUACGGUGUGACCUAUUACAAUUUCAAGUCUAUUCGAGGGGGGCUUGCUUACACGUUUAUGCUCCAUGGGGAUUGUCCAAGGGCGUUUGAGGCGACAUCUAUGGAAGCCAGCUACUCGGGCUCUACUGCGAUGCACGAGAAACACGGUCUAACAGAUGUGAGGAUCGUUCCUUUGGAGAGUGCCGCGAUCGUACAACAGCAGGCCGAAUUCUGGAAGACGUUCCUUGAUAAACCACCUUUUUUCGUAGUGACAGCGGUCAAAAAGGGCUAG